CAAUACGAACCAAUGUCGGCAAGUAAUCUUAGUAUUUCUCCUGAGCUGAAACAAGCGAUAUCUGAUUGCAAAUUCCGUAUGGGACCAGAGGUCGAACUUGACCCAAAGAAGUUUGAGUCUAAGAAGCUACUUGUAGAUAAGCUUCGGGGUACUAACCGUACGGAGAUUUUGGAGAAUGCGCUGGACACUUUAGAGCGCACUAAGGCCCUGAAGAACAAGUUUAGUCUUGUAGAUUAGCACAA